AUGGAACAUAUUAAGAAUACCUUUGCGCAAUGCAAGGCAGACGGUCGCCCGGCCCUAGUGACGUAUGUCACGGCCGGGUUCCCCACGGCCCAUGAGACAGUGGAUAUCAUGUUGGGGAUGGAGGCUGGGGGAGCUGAUAUCAUCGAACUCGGCCUCCCAUUCACAGAUCCCAUUGCGGACGGUCCUACGAUCCAAAAGUCCAACCUACAGGCUUUAGGUAACGGCGUCACCGUCUCGUCUAUGCUGCAGAUGGUGAAGGACGUACGGCGAAAAGGCCUUCAAGCCCCGGUUCUCUUCAUGGGGUAUUUUAAUCCUAUUUUGAAAUACGGGGAGGCAAAACUGCUCAAUGAUUGUCGCGAUGCUGGCGUCAGCGGGUUCAUUAUUGUGGAUUUGCCGCCUGAAGAGGCCGUUCGGUUUCGGAAUAGUUGCGCGGGUGCUGGGCUGUCAUAUGUUCCCUUGAUCGCGCCAUCUACACCAGAGCAGAGAAUGAAGACACUCUGUUCUAUCGCGGACUCGUUCAUCUACCUGGUCUCGAGAAUGGGCGUGACGGGUGCCACGGGGUCAUUGAACACAAACUUGCCCGAGUUGAUGCAGACGGUGAAAGACUUGUCAGGAAAUGUCCCUAUCGCUGUCGGGUUUGGAAUCAGUACACGCGAGCACUUCGAAAGCGUCACGUCCAUCGCGGACGGCGCUGUCAUCGGGAGCGAGAUCGUAACGCAACUGUCGAAUGCGCCCGUAGGACAAGGAGCGCAUCUCAUCCAGGAGUACUGUUCGGGGAUCACAGGCCGGCGUGUUUCGAGAUCGGGUGCAACUGCGCGGAUCCCGGAUAUCAAGACCCAAACAGCCAUGCAGGAGACCACCAAAGAAGACGAACCACCCAUCACGGACACGGCGGGCCGUUUCGGCGAUUUCGGCGGCCAAUAUAUCCCCGAGGCCUUGACGAAAUGUAUCAGCGAACUCGAAGCCGGGUUUAACGAGGCCGUGAACGACCCGGCCUUCUGGGAAGAAUAUCGAUCGUUCUAUCCCUUCAUGGGCCGUCCGUCCAGCCUACAUCUCGCGAACAGAUUGACCGAGUAUGCAGGGGGCGCGAACAUCUGGCUGAAGCGGGAAGAUUUGAACCACACGGGCUCACACAAGAUCAACAACGCGAUCGGCCAGAUCCUCGUGGCUCGUCGGCUGGGAAAGACGGAGAUCAUCGCGGAGACUGGCGCAGGGCAACAUGGCGUUGCGACGGCUACGGUUUGCGCGAAGCUAGGUAUGAAAUGUACGAUUUACAUGGGCGCCGAGGACGUCCGGCGACAGGCACUCAAUGUCUUCCGGAUCCGCUUGCUCGGUGGCGAGGUGAUCCCCGUGGAGGCAGGAUCGCGCACCCUCCGCGACGCUGUGAACGAGGCGUUCCGGGCGUGGAUCGUCCGGCUGGAUACAACGCACUAUAUCAUCGGGUCGCCGAUCGGACCGCACCCGUUCCCGACGAUGGUCAGGACCUUCCAGUCGGUGAUCGGUCAGGAGACAAAAGAGCAAUUGAGCCGGGAGAUUGGAAAGCUGCCCGAUGCGCUGGUCGCGUGUGUUGGUGGCGGGUCGAACGCCGCGGGCAUGUUCUAUCCUUUCUCAGACGACCGGUCGGUCCAGUUGUUUGGCGUCGAGGCGGGAGGGGAUGGCAAGGAUAAGCACUCUGCGACGUUGAAUGGUGGCACCAUCGGUGUCUUGCACGGGGUGAAGACGUACGUUCUCCAGAAUGAACAUGGGCAGAUUUCUGAGACGCAUUCGGUGUCGGCGGGAUUGGAUUAUCCUGGCGUUGGACCUGAAUUGGCGAGCUGGAAGCAUGCGAACAGGGCGACGUUCCUAGCUGCAACUGAUGCCAAUGCGUUUGAGGGCUUCCGGCUAUUGUCGCAGCUGGAGGGUAUUAUCCCAGCAUUGGAGUCGUCGCAUGCUGUCUGGGGAGUGGUUCAGGUUGCGCGUCAGCUGGGCAAGGGGAAAGACGUCGUGCUGUGCCUGAGUGGACGAGGCGAUAAAGACGUGCAGACGGUGGCUGAGGAAUUGCCUCGGCUGGGACCCCAGAUCGGGUGGGAUUUGCGAUUUUAG